AGAAGUAACCAGGCACACUGAGCAAUGUUGAGAGUACGGGCGGAAAUACUAAAUAAAUGGCUCAAAACAGGAAAGGUAAACAUAAACGUACGACAAGGAAAGAGGGGAAUGCUAUUGAAACAACCCAAGAUGUUGAAAGUAAUUCGAGAGAGGUUAAAGAAUUUUCUGAAAGACUCUCACGUUUUAUGAAUUACUUUGCCGUAAAUGAACACUUAAUAGAGUUUAGAAGGAAAAUAAUGUUCGCUUAUGAACGUGAAAUGACAAUUUUCCAAAAAGUACUUGGUCUUAACAGACGAAUUUAUAUCUUUGGAAGUCAAAUUGAGGGAACUACAACAAGGGAAAUGAUGUCUGACAUGGAUCAUUUAUAUCGUUUUGAUAUGUUUCGAUUGUUUCUUGAUUCAGACAAUCCCCCCUCGCAGCUUGAUGCUCACCAAGUCGUAAUUAAGGUUAGCACACAUGGUUGUGCUUCGCAGUACUGUGUUCUAACAAUGAUUGAACCAUCAACACACGCAAGGCGUUUUGAAACAUUGGAUCCGAAAAGGAAUCCUCCUGAUAUCGUUCAUUUUUUUCAAAAGGAUUGGACAUCAACUGACGGCAUGAUUCCACAUACAAUUAUGUUCGACACCUUAAACCGAGGUCCAAGACAAACAAAAAGACACGGACCUGCAGAAAGUAUAGAGAAUACAGACUUUGUUAACGCGUGUUACUGUAAAAGUCUUCCAAAGCAAUGCAAGUUCGUUUUUGAAAGGCCUCGCCCUGGUCACUGGCCUUCGGAGAAGACAUUGAAAAAAGCACAGACAUAUGGCGUCUUUAUAGUUCCACAGGGACCCACCAAAAGUACAAACAUUUGUACGAACGAUUAUUUUGAAUAUCAAUGGCGAAUUUCCUCAAAUCUGACAGAGCGGCUAUUAAUGUUCAGUUUGGAUAUAGUACAUUUGCAAGCAUACGUUCUGGCAAAGAUGUUAAGAAAGGAGUUGUUUGUGCCAGAAUACCAAGAUAGGCUGAGUACAUAUCAUUUUAAAACAGCUUUUUUCUUUGCGGUCGAGAACACCCCAUCGCAUAUUUGGAGGGAGGAAAAUAUUUACAAUUGUGUCAAGUACAUUCUUGCAACCUUGAGGCGCUUCUUAACGCGCAAAAAUUGCCCACAUUUUACUAUAGAGAAUGUUAACCUUUUUGAAGGGAAAAUUAAAAUACAUUAGUUUCCAAAAUUGGUGAAUAAACUAACAAAUGUAAUGAAUUCACUGCGGACACAGAUCGAACAUAUGCAACUGGACAACAUUGGAGAGUCGCUAAAUACGAGCAAGCAUGACCGCAGCAGGUAUACGAGUUGUUCAGUACUAUAUGCUGAAGUGUGCAAUUUUGUACUGGAAGCAAGAGAUAAUUUUCAUAUUUCAGGAAUACCCGUCAGUUGGAGGAUAGCAAUUUUUGAAAUCGAACAUACAAACUUUGAAACGUACCAUCGCGCUCCAAUGGAAAAAUACAGAAAAUAUGACUAUGAACUUCGUGGCUGUAUGUCAGCUAUGGCUAGUUUCGGUGCUUCGGCGUAUUUAGAAUAUAAAGCAGAAGGAAAUGAAUACAAUGACGACGGCUUCAAUAAAGCUAGACAAUUGUAUACACAAUCUCUAGAGUCAAAUAUAAUUUGCAACUACAUGCGAUACGCUUCAUUCCUUUUCUGCAAUGGAGAAUACGAUAAAGCAUGUACAUAUUUUGACGUGAUAGAAAAGCAGAUAGAAGAAGAUAAAAAAUCUAAUCCAAUAUACCAGUUAUGCGUUUUCCCAUCGGAGUCAUUAGCAUUGGAGAUAUCAAAGCAGGACUAUGGACAGAUUUUCAAACAAAGAUGGUCUGUCUUUUUGGUAUUUACACAAGCAGAGGCGAUGUGUUCUUCUGAAUUUUUGCGGUGCGAAAUGUACCGAUGGUGUUUAGGGACAGUCAGUUCAACCGAGAAACUUCUUGUUGCAUGUCAUAACAAAGAGGACAGCAUUUGUGUGCAAAUCGAACCGUAUCUCUACUAUCUACAGUAUCUUACAUACAGAGUACUCAACCAAGGACCUAAACAGUCGAAAGCAUUGAUGAAAUUAUUGAUAUUCACUCAAAUAUUUAAACCCACAAAAUUAACUUUAUCGAAUGGCAAUAUAUUUUUAUCCCAUUUUGAUACCUCUUUGAAUAUGCUAGGGCACUGCUUGAACUGGAGCAGAAAUUUGAAUCGGCGUGGAAGACUUACAAAACGUCUUUACAAAUUCUACCUCAAAGAAAUGCGGCCGUCUUGCAUAUGAUUCGACUUCUCUGGAGCGUUGUUCAAAGUCUGCGAACUUAGAGACAUUUGAACUACAAUCUCUAAGUGAUAAAGCGGCAAUAUUAUUAUAUUUGUUUUGUUUUUGAACUGAAACACGAGUCAACAUUGAAUGUGAUUAAUUAUACGUGUUGUCGUUUUUCACAUUCGUUAUCAGAGUAUGAUUUAGCAUGAUGACAAUUUACAAGAUAAUUAUUUUAAUAUCAAACAGAUGACAAGUCACCAAUAUGUUUCCAAUAAAAUAAAACGUCAUGUUUAUGCAUUAAAGGUAGCAACAAAACAUUAUUUAAAAAAUACUUCAAGUGAUUAAUUGUAGCAUGUCUCUUUUUGUUGAGCCUUGAAUGUAUCAAUAUGCGUGUAUAUGUUAUCAACUUUACAUAUUUUAAAUAGAUAACUCUAUAAUAGUAAAUCCCAAAUACUAGGAAUACGCUUGGUUUCAUAAUUACUCCAUGUAUAUUGUUUGAUACCAAACUAUGAAAUAUAAUUAACUAUUUAAGAUUUAUUGAGAUACAUGUAAUUCUAUUUAUCAAAGAUUAAGCCAAUGACAUAAAGAUAGUGUAACAGCCUUGUGUAUAAUUAGAAAAAGUUAAUUCGUACCAAAACAAUAUUAUUAUUAAAAAUUGUCAUCACUGAUCAAAAGUGAAAUAAUAUAUCUAGAUUGCAGAACACUUCAUAGAAUUGUCUAUACGGAUGUCGGAAGAACUUGAUUAUAGUGGAGCUCGGAAGGAAACUGUAAUGGAGGGGAGAGGAACUUACGUGAGGAGGGAAUGCAUGUUGAAGAUAGCAGAUACAUGUUUCGGAAAUAUACGGAAUGUUUCCACUUCGGAAGCUAAUCGGAAGGGACAACCAUUCCCGGUCUCCAGUCUGAUAUUGAUUUCCUAUACCUUAGCAACACUGUGAAUGUCAUACGAGCAUAUGGAGACUGGGAGGAUGGUAUGAAGAACUUUUUGAUGCUCCACGACGACCUUACACCUCCUCAACAGUACCUGCUACAAGUCAUCCGAACGGACACACCGGAACAGCCCAUUCUGUGGGAAGACGUGUUCGUAAAAAUAUACUGGGCACGAACUGGUAAGAGCUGAACGAUUUAAAGAUAUUUUGGAGGAUGGUCAACAAGAUCGAGGAGAGGUUACCAUAAAUGGGACUUCUGUUAGCUUUAUUAAUAAUUGGGAUAUGGUACAUGCAUUUCCCUUACCUAAACCUCUUCCUGAAAUACAAUACUGGAUAGACAGAUGUAGAAGUAGACACUGGCCGCCUCUGAAGCAACUAGAGUCUGCUAGGAUAGGCCCGUGUUUCCUGGUAUCUGCUGGACAUCCAGACAGUGUUUACAAACGCGAAGAAUGGCUUCUGUCCCCGAACCUUAUAGAACAAAAGUUGAUGUUUAGCUUUAAUAUCACACAACUUAAAUGUUACAUUGUGUUAAAAUUAAUUAACAAAUCCCUAUUUGCUUACAGUGUGGGAGAUUCGAUAACAAGCGUUCAUAGUAAAACUAUCAUGUUUUACACCAUAGAAAGAACACAUCCUUCUCUUUGGUUGGAACAUAACCUUAUGUUUCUACUUUGGCUUUGUUUACACGUUUUAAGGAAAUGGCUUCGAUUGGGAAGGCUUCCGAAUUGUAUCAUAGACGGAGUGAAUUUGUUUGAUGGGAAGCUCUCUAAGGUGCAGCAGAGGCGCCUUUUAUUGUAUGUAGACUCCACGAUAAAGAAUAACUUACAUGAUCUAUUUAACAUUGGUUUAUUAGAUAAAAUAGGACGCCGUUUACAAGCGUUUAAUGUGCGACAAAUUGUACCCGUUGGCGAACUAAGGCGUGUUUGCUUACGUAACAGCAUCAGGCUACUGCUGAAGUUUGAGUGUUUGGAACUAUUUUUUAUCAUUUAAGAGGGAUUUUCAACAGAAUAAUCAGUUAUGAUACAAACCUUGAUAUUAAAUAUGUAUAACGCAAUGUUGUCGAAUGCUCCACGAAUGACAUAUCGAAAACGGUUGCUUUAGAACUUAUUAAACACUUGUACGCGUUACAAAAUUAAAUUCAAUCAUCAAACUGUUUGCUUCUACGAAACAUUGUUAACAGCGAAAUUAUAAGUCGUUUUCAAUACUCUUUAACAUUGAUGUAGCUUUGUGUCGCUUAAAGUUGGCUUCUAUAGUGUACUGUCGUGGGCAUCUUCGUGCAGCAGUUAGAGUGUUGGAAGACGUGGAAAGGAGAUAUCAUAGCAAGGUCAAUGCUUUGUGUGGAUGCUCAUGUAUAGAAGGAGACCGUGAUAUUCACAUGUUUGCUGAUAUGUUAUCAGAUAACAGUGUAAACGGAUUUAAAGAACCGCUAUUUGCAUUAUGUGUCAAGUUUCAUAGGCAUGAAGCUUACUGCACUCCUUCCCUUUUGUUGUUUGAAAUGAAUCGCAAUAUCACUGAAGACGAACGUUCACAUAGAACUUACAUUGAAAAAGCAUGGAUGGACUGUGCUGAGGUUGAUGCUCGUCCUUUUCUACACUAUCUACGCAACCUCACGUAUGGAGGGCUUACUGUCCGUGACAAGUAGCUGAGAGCCUUUUCGUCUUAUAUGUGUGAUUUCAGAAAUAAAAUCAACCUGUAUCACGGGGAAACUGCAAUAAACUUGUUUGGAUACUGCUAUGAAAUGGAAGGGGAGUAUGAAAUAGCGUUAGGUAUCUACGAAGGGUCGUUUCUUUAUCGCGGUACGAACAAUGCCGCUUACUGGCACGUUCGGCGUAUCAGGCGUCUUAUAAGUUGAUAAAAUACAAUAAAAACAUGUUUAUUGUGCAUGAUAUAAAAUAAUUAACUUAACAGCAUUGUUUAGGAUAAAAGCUUUGCGAUUAAAUGUUUUGCUAUAUUUCAUGCAUUCAGUGAUAACAACUAUAAGGACAGUAAGUAUAUAUAUUUAAAAAUCGUUAUUAUAGUCUAAAGCACUUACUCAUAGAGCAGGCAUUGUUUUGUACAUUGUGUGUUGUAGUUUUGUAUACUCACUGAAGUCUGUCAAUUGCACAUGUGAUUUAUGUAUGUCAUAUGCACAUGCUGAUUAAUGUCUGACAUAAGCACAUGCUGAUUAAUGUAUACCAUCUGAAAAAUGUGAUUAACGUAUGUCAUAUGCACAUGCUGCUUAAAAUGUGAUUAACGUAUGUCAUAUGCAUAUUCUGAUAAAUAUUUGUGAAUGAACGUCUUGAACGUAAUGUAAUAUCAGAAGAUAUAAUCAGUCACUACACUCUGAAAUAUAACUCUAAACAUGUAUAUACAUUUGAAAAUUAUAUAUGUUCCAUUAAGGUGUAUAAACCAGUGUACGGUAUUACUUUUAUAUAAUGCAUUUUCAAAGUAAUGAUUAAUGGGGAAAAGUACAUACAAACUUCUUUGAUUCCUCGGUACAUUUGAAGAAAGUCUUAAUAAAAAUUGUGCGGUAUUUCCUCGAAUAAUGAACUUAUAUGGAUAUAAUGUUUUCAGUUAUAUAUACAUUUUUGUAUUUUAGAUUAUUCAAUUUGCUUACAUAUUCUGAUCUAUUUUCAAAAUUAAGUUGUAUUUAUCUAUACACAUCAAAGGAAGUUUAGGUUUCUAGUAUUGACCGCCGAAAGCUAAUAUAGAUAUCGCGAAGUCGAGUUCUUAGAUUUGUGCUGAACGUUUCUAUCUUAACAGAGUCAAGAUAUAAUAAUUUUCAUUUAAACCACAUGAGUGAAGUAUAAAGUGAACCUGUGAGGCCAAGUUUGAACAAGAAUCGUUAAAAUGAAUGUUAUUAAUCGAUCACGUAAACUGGUGUUUAAAAUACAAUUCUCUUGUUCAAACGAGUGAAUCUUUAAAAAGUAAUUAAUCAUGGGUAUAUAUCGUUCGAUAUACAAUGAAAUUCUACCUAAAACGCUUUACAAUGCAAGUAUUUUCGUAGUUGUGUUUACAUUACGGACCCAUUUAAACAAACUGUUGUAUAUUUUUUUCUUAAUUGAUCAUAACCCAUAACGUCUGAACACUAUUAUACUGAUAGUACUUACAUUGUAAGUUAAAUGUAUGUAUGUGGUGUUCUGGAUAACUAUUCGGACCAAGAAUUUGAAUAUAUUGUUAUCACUGUAUAAUGUUAUAUGGUGAGCACAUUUUUUAUUUAACAUUACAGAUAAUGCAUCGGGAUGAAGUGUUUAUCAUGUUGUUGAGUUCUUAAAUUUUGUACAAUAUUCUGAAUGAUAGUGCAACAUAUUUUUUUUUCUUGAAAAUUGUUGCUUUUCAAAUAUGUUUAUAUUUUCAUUGGUGAAUAUUGACUACAAAGUAUGUAAAUCAAUAAGAUUUGAAUUGCAUUUUUAUAUGCAUAAUUAUAAAUUGUAAAUGUACGUAUUGUAUUUUUACAGCAUGUAUGACAUAAUUCAUGAACAGCCAAAGACCAAACUUGUGUUUUAUGGUCCUUUUAUGUAUUUGUAUCCCUUACAACCAACAAUAUUUUGUAUGUGAUAUUCAUAUAAAAUGCAGGUGUUUUUCUGCUACGUAAAAAGGCCAUAAAACGGACCCUAUCCUAAAGCAAACGGACCCAAUCCCAAAAAUUUUUUUUUUUUUUUUUUAGAAAGAAGUGUCUUAUGAUUAUUAUGUCUCAAUUUUAUUUCAUAAACAUCUAAAAAAAAAGGAUAUAACUAUAAUAUAUAUGAUUUUUUUCUCAAAAUGGCAAGGAAAAGGCCUAAUGUGUCAAUAUUUGUUGAUAAAAUCAAAUUCCAAUUUGGUCCAUUUUGUCGAUAAAAAUUUCCCAAAUUUGCCAUUUCAUCAAUUUAAACAAUCCCAAUUUGACCAGACUACUUUUUCCAAACGGCUGGAAACCCCCCUGAAAUGUUGUUACAUGUGUAUUGUGUGAUGAUUACAAAUGUGGAAUAAAUUGAACUCAAUUUGCAAUAGCAAUAGUGCUCAUAUUACACAUAUGUUGAAAAGUGAAGUCAAACACCUUAAGUUAGCAUGGUAUGUUUGCGCAUUUUCUGUCCACGCAAAAAAUGCUGUAGCAUUAAUAUCAAAGCAAUGCUGUUAAUAUUUCCAGAAGUUACUCCUGAAAUAUGAAUAUUUAAAAAAAAUAUAUGAAAUGUACAUACAUAUUUGUAUGCAAUUGUUAUUUUCAUAUGGUAAAUUAAAUGAGGACACAAUAAUCAUUGUUUAAUGAUAAAAAAAAUCAAUUUUCAAAC